AUGUUGGUGAAGCUCGCAAACUUGUGGAUCACCGUUUUGGCGAUUUCAUUGUCGGAUCUGGUCUUAGGCCGUGAAAGGUGGCUUGAGAGAGAUAACCGACCUGUUUUCCUUUACCCCCGUCGGUAUAUUGAGGAAGACAAUGUUCUCAACAAGCUUCUGGGGGCGUGCCCAGGAGAAGUGUGUAGAGAUUUGACUGCUCAAGCUGUCACCUCCCUUCUCGCUGCUCAGCCAGAAUGCUCGCAACAAGAUGCGGCAGAUGCUAUUAUUGAUGCAAGCAACCAGUUUGAUGCUACCAUUCAAGCAAACAUGAUUGCUAUCGCUAUCGAAUACCGUCAAACGGAGAAGAACACUCCCCCAGACUUCUCUACCGACCCACCUACUUUGAGAAACUCCGUCUUCUGCACGAAGGCGCCAAAGAACUCUCAGCUGAAUGGGCUGGUGCAAGCCCAAGAUCCUGACAAUGACCCCGAUCUCUUCUUUGACCCGGCAACCCAGUCCACUGUACGUAAAGGAGAGCAACCAAACACUUUCCCUUUCGGCCAGACAGACGCCUCCCCCCCUUCCCCUGCGACACCAACUGAACCAAGCUUCGACGACUUCGCAGACGUUUUCGUCGUAAACGAUGAACCCACUGCAGAGACAGCGACUGCUUGCGCGACUCGAAUCACUGUCUAUGUUGGCGGCAGUUUGGACAUACAACCCGUCGGCCCUGCUGUCACUGUUACCUAUGGGGACAUGUCUGCUUCUCCCACUCCUACAUCAACUUCAACACCUAACGAUGAUGUUGGAAACUUCGGUACCUGCACAACUCCCCAGAUCGAGUUUGGCGCAGGAUUCGAUGGACGCAAUGAAACCAGCUACCGGCCAGUAGACAAAGUCUCAUUCAAUCACAAAUCUGAUCAAAAUAUCGACGUCAUCAUUCAAUUUAUCUGCGAUACACUUAGCAACUUGUGUGAAGGAGAUCAGAGGGCACAAUCUACUUGUGUUACCGCCCGAGCGGCCGCAUCAGCCGCUCCCAAAGAUACAGGAGCUCAAGCAGAUGCGUUUAAUGACGCCUUUGGCGUUCCUACUGGGUUUGUCGAUAUACCUGCUCGCGAUACUUCAGGAACUCCAAUUCCCGGGACUGGGUCAGUCGCUGGGUCUUCGAGCUCAGUAUCCCUGCCAGCAUCAACAGUUACCUCUGCUUCUGCUUCCGCCCAGACCACACCAAGCAGCUCCAACUCUGAUGGCCUCGGUGACUUUGGAAGCUGUACAGUCCCACAAAUCGAAUUCGGUGCAGGCUUCGACAAUAGACGGGAAACGUCCUUCCGCCCUGUAGACCGAAUCUCAUACCCCCAGGGAUCUGCUCCGGACGUAGACACUGUUACACGGACAUUAUGCAACCAAUUAAUCAAUACCUGCGGUGCUAAUCAAGUCGCAUUUGCCACUUGUGCUGCUGCGCGAGCUGCUGCUAGCGCCGCUCCCAGCAGAACAGGUGCCCAAGCCGACGCGUUCAACGCUGUGUUCGGCAUUUCAACCAAUUUCGUUCUCAUCCAAGCCCUCGAUACCCGGGGUCAACCUUUGGGCAGUGGGAACACCCUUACCUCGACGGGGCGGAGUACCUCUACUACUCGUACGGCUACCUCGACAACCUCAUCAUCAACUCGAGCUACUGCUACCCCAACGCCGCCAGCUAAUAAUAACGGCAGCGGCAACAACAACGAUGAUGAUGGCAACCUUCAAACCUUCUCAGGCGCGCUGGGAGGCGUCGAAGCACCUCCCGUAACCGAUGCCGGCAAUGGACGAUUUAAGUUCAGGGGAACACCUUCAACAAUCGACAAGACGCGUUGA